UAUCUUGGUUGCUAUGUGCUCACGGGAGGAGCUGACAGCCGAAGUAGCGACAGGUGAAUGAUUUACAACCUCCACUUUUCACCUGUACACACUAAAUUAAUUAAUGAAACUGAAAGCGAACCUGUUGAGCUGUUUCUGACAGCGAAAACAAACACUUUAUCACUGAAAGCUUGGCCAAAAGGACGGAGACCGUUUAGGAAGAGAUUUGAUUAGCAGGUCCAUCGCAGGUACAGCAGCAACAGAAAAACACAGAAAUCAUGCUGUCGGCAGAGGACAUCCUUAGCAGCACCCAGCAGGUGAUAGCAGGACUGGAAGCUCUGAGAGGAGAGAACCGCAGCCUGCUAGAGAACCUGCAGGGUGCGAUGGAGAGCAAGCAGGAGUCUGAGAGCGGCUGCGUUGAGCAGGAGAAGACCAGCAUCAUCCGAAAGUCGCUGGAGAGGAUUGAGUUGGGUCUGAGCGAGGCGCAAGUGAUGAUGGCGCUGUCGGCUCAUCUCGGUUCGCUGGAGGCAGAGAAGCAAAAGCUACGAGCUCAAGUACGUCGUCUUGUUCAGGAGAACCAGUGGCUGAGGGACGAGCUGGCCAGCGCUCAGCAGCGGCUGCAGGACAAGGAGCAGGAUGUGGUGACCCUGGAGGAGCAGAACAAACACCUGCAAUUCAUGUCCUCCAUACGCAGAUACGACCAGGACGAGCCUCCUCUGGAUGAAAAAGAAACUUCCUCCAACAAGGAGUCUCUGGAUGAUUUAUUUCCUGCAGAGGAUGAGGAACAGUCCCAGAUCUCCCAGCCUCACCACAGCAGCGCGGCGGCUGCAGCACAGCAGGGUGGCUACGAGAUCCCCGCCCGCCUUCGGACGCUCCACAACCUGGUCAUCCAGUACGCAUCUCAGGGUCGGUAUGAGGUCGCCGUGCCACUCUGCAAACAGGCUUUGGAAGACCUGGAGAAGUCCUCAGGCCACACCCACCCAGACGUAGCGACUAUGCUCAACAUACUGGCUCUGGUGUAUAGAGAUCAAAACAAGUACAAGGAGGCGGCUAACCUGUUGAACGAUGCGUUGGCGAUCAGGGAGAAAACACUCGGGAUGGACCAUCCGGCUGUGGCAGCGACACUUAACAACCUGGCUGUGCUUUAUGGUAAAAGAGGAAAAUACAAAGAGGCUGAGCCACUUUGUAAAAGAGCUCUGGAGAUCAGAGAGAAGGUUCUGGGUACAGACCACCCUGACGUGGCCAAGCAGCUGAACAACUUAGCCCUGCUGUGUCAGAAUCAGGGGAAGUACCAGGAAGUGGAGCAGUACUAUGAACGCGCUCUGCACAUCUAUCAGAGCAAACUGGGACCAGACGACGCCAACGUAGCAAAGACCAAGAACAACCUGGCCUCAUGUUAUCUGAAGCAGGGAAAAUACAGACAAGCUGAAGCUCUCUACAAAGAAAUUCUGACCAGAGCUCAUGAAAAAGAGUUUGGAUCUGUUGAAGGUGACAGUCGUCCUCGCUGGUCCAGUGUGGAGGAAAGUGGCUCCACAUCAGAAGGACUGAAGCGCAGCAGCUCCUUCACCAAACUCAGGGAGUCGAUACGUCGGAGUAGCGAGAAACUGGUGCGCAAACUUAAAGGAGUCGGAGUUGAGGAGAUGACCCCGAGGAAUGCUGGGAUGAAGAGAGCGAACUCCCUAAACGUGUUGAAUGUUGGAACCAGAGAAAAUCUGGAUGGAACCCAGUCAACUCAGCUGACCGACAGUCGAGGCUUGAGCUGCAGCACGCAGAGUCUGACCAGAAGAGGCUCACUGGGUGGGACCAGCUAACACAAAAAUGACGCACAAUUCAUUUAUAUUCAAGAAAAACUGAAGGGAUCUUUUUAAAACUUGAAAGAGGUAAAAAACACUCUUCUGAUUUAUCAUCAAGAGGAAUCCCCACGACGAGUCUACAAAAGAAGAACUGAGACGGUUGUUCUAAAACAGCCGAUAAAGAAGCACAUUUGCCGGUUUAGCUUUGACUCAUUUAACAGAUAUUUGUAGUGGGUUUGAUGAUGAGAACAGGAAAAUAGAUUUUAUAACCACACUUUAGGGUGCUGCAACACUGGACUAAGCCUGAACCAGAACCGGACUGGCCUGCAGGCUCAGGGUGUGAUGUGGAGCAUAGGAGCUACCGAUAGAUUUUAAAACGUUCCUCUUAAAGACUUAGACAGAUUUAUUUUGUCAUUUUGCAUACACAAGUGUAUACAAAAAGAAAUUGUUUAAAACAGCUCUAGAAUUUCUUUUUUUUAGGUGCAGCCUAGAAAAAAGAACAAAGGUGCAACAUUCAACAAGUUUAAUGGCUGAAACAAAGCAACACAAACCCAACUGUGAGGAUUAUCAACCAGCUUUAAGACACUGGAUGCAGCAGACUGCAAUUUAAACCAUUUAUUUAAACCUACCUUAUGCUGAUUGCAUUACUUCAUCUAAACAAUA